UGCAAACAUUGAUAUAAGCGGCCGCUUUAAAGUACUUUCACAACAACUACCAUGCCUUGCCUUGCAGUUUACACCAAUUUACCCAAAGACAAAGUUCCGGGGGAUUUUCUCCAACAGGCAUCUGUAUUUUUGGGAAACCAAUUAGCCAAACCAGAACAUUAUGUAACAGUGCGGCUGCACCCAGACCAGAUGAUGAUGCACGGGGGGUCGUCGGAUCUCUGUGGUUUUGUGGAAUUGUACAACAUUUCAGAUGGGGCGAAAAAUAAAGAACAUGCUUUAGCCAUUGCAGAAUUUUUGGAAAGCAAAUUAUCCAUACCAAAGAACAGAUUUUAUGUAACAUUCACCAACUUGAAAAGAGGAGAUGUGGCACUGGAUGGAAAGACAUUUGCAUGACAGAAUUUUAUCGUAUUUCCCAACCACAAACACAGACAGUCCCUUUCACUGUUACAUGUGUAUGCAUGCCUUCCAAUCUGUACUAGCCAUUGAAUUACAGCAUAAUUACACUGGAGAGAUAAUCUGAUUGAGCUUGUAAUAACAAAGUUGACGGACAAUAAAUGUGCUUUAAAGCUUAUAUGUAAUACAUAGUGUUGAGUAAUAUUAUACAGGAAACGUUUUAAGUGUUAAUAUUCCUGUGGGGUAGAGAUUUGAUUGUAUGUAUUUAAUUACGAAAUGAAUUGUUGAGGACAACAAGUGAACUCUAUAAACUUUAGUCUUAGGGUGUUUUACGUAAUACAUGUAUGUGUAACUGCCUAUCUUGCCUCUUCAGCUGUAGUAACAGUGGCUGUUGUAGUAUGUAUAAUAAUGCCCAUUGUGUGGUGCACUUGCUGUUAUUGUAAUAAUGGUCACAAAUAUUAAAGAAUUUCACAUUGAU